AUGGUAUCAGAGUUAUCACUGAUCAGUGUUGGAGCCUUAUGUUUGCUUGUUCUGCUGUUACUGGUGGUGAUGUCUGGUCAGAGGAACACUCGUUUACUGAAAAAGGACCAGUUAGGGGUCGAAUCUGGGCUUCUGCAGCAUCUGUAUCAUUUCCUCCAUUGCUCCUCAGCACCCUCCCUCCCAGGACCCCCCAGCCGAUUCCUUAUUGGCAAUAUGAUGGAGCUAACGCACGAUCACAUGCCAAUUCACCUCACCAAUCUGGCACAACGAUAUGGAAGCAUUUACCGCCUCAAAUGUGGAAACACAACCAUGGUGGUGCUCGGUAGUAGUGAAGUCAUACGAGAAGCUCUGGUGAAGAAAUGGUCUGACUUUGCAGGAAGACCAGUCUCCUACACAGGUAAUGUUGUGUCUGGGGGAGGGCGUAACAUUUCUCUUGGGGACUACACGGAGGAGUGGAGGGCGCACCGUCGUCUCGUCCACAGGGCCUUGCUGAGGUGCUGCCAGCAGUCUUUGCACGGUGUGAUCGAGAGGCAGGCGCUGCAUCUGAGAAAGGUUUUGAUCGGCUAUCAUAUGAAGCCUGUGGACCUCUCAGAAGAUUUCACGGUGGCAGCCAGUAACGUCAUCACCACUUUGGCUUUCGGGAAAGAAUAUGAUAAGAAGUCAUCAGAGCUGCAGCAGCUGCACCACUGCCUCAAUGAGAUAGUUGGUUUGUGGGGCUCCGCUUGGAUUUCUGCACUGGACUCCUUCCCACUGCUCAGAAAAUUACCAAACCCUGUGUUUGCACGUCUUCUAAAAGAGGUGGCGAGGAGGGAUGAAAUCAUAAAACACCACCUGGAUGAUUUUAAGUCGCAAGACAAGAAAAAUGAUCAGGCCAUCACAGGGUCCCUCCUCCAGGCUCUUGAGAAACAUCACAACACAGAACAUGAACUCCUGACAGAUGUUCAUGUCCACAUGGCAACUGUGGACCUUCUCAUCGGGGGGACAGAGACCACGGCGGCCUGGCUGAACUGGACCGUGGCCUUCCUGCUGCACAGACCAGAGGUGCAGACCAGAGUGUAUGAGGAGUUGUGCACAGUGUUAGAGGAGCGUUACCCCAAAUACAGCGACAGACACAGACUUCCUGUCCUGUGCUCUCUGAUCAGCGAGGUGCUCAGACUCAGGCCGGUCGCCCCUCUGGCCGUCCCACACCGAGCCAUCCGAGACAGCAGCAUUGCAGGUUAUUUCAUCCCUAAGAACACCGUGAUCAUCCCUAAUCUUUUCGGCGCUCAUCACGAUCCUGCAGUUUGGUCUGAACCGUACAGCUUCAAACCAGAACGUUUUCUGGAAGGAGGGGGAGGCUCCGCUCGCGAUCUCAUGCCUUUUGGAGGGGGGGCUCGGCUCUGUCUGGGGGAGUCUGUGGCCAAAAUGGAGCUCUUUCUGUUCACGGCCUACUUGCUAAGAGAUUUCCAGUUUGGCCUUCAUGAGGGAGAAGCGUCUCUGCCUGAUCUGAGAGGAGUGGCCAGCGUUGUGCUCAAAGUCAAAGCUUACAGAGUUGUUGCACGUCCCAGGCCUUUGGCUGAGGCUUGA